ACUUUGAUGUUUUCUUCUUUCUAUGCAUACUAUAGAGACACAGAUAUAAAGCAAAAAAUGGAGAAAAGAACAAAUUUUAUCGUUUUACCCAAAAGAAAGAUUCUCUUCGCUAUGAAAUUAGUGUUUAUUCUAGCAACUUCAGAGAUUAAAACGUUAACAAAUUUGACGGUACCCUUCCUCAGCUUUUCUGGUAGUUUGUAGUACACAACUCGUACUCUAUACUAUGCUAUUUUUUAGAAAAAGCUAUCUUUUAGUUUUUGGCAUAUAGAGAUCUCAAUAUUAUAGAAUAAAGUUAGUAAAAUGUAUGGAAUUCGCUUUAAUUUUAUAAAUUACACAAAUUUGGAAUGGCAAACAUAACUUUCUUUUUCGAAAUAUCAUAGUCAGAGAAGCCCUAUUUUCCUCUGAGAAUUAUUUAUAGCUAAAUAGAUGAUAAUGUAUACACAUGAUAUAAAAUAUACAAAUCGUACGUUACGAAAGAAACUGGUUUCUGAAAAAUUUAUUGAUGUUCCGAGUUAUAUGUCUCUAAAGUUUCACUAGAAUUAAAUUGAAACAGAUCCAUUUUAUCACCUUUGAUCUACGCUGUUGACAGCUCUAGGCCUUAAAAACUGAAAGAAACUUGUUUCUGAAAAAUAUGACAAAUAUAUUACACUUUGUGUACUUUAAAUUAGUGUAAGAAGUGAAAAGGACAACAUCAAGUCAAGUAUAAUACAGAAAUGAAUAUAUACAUACAUCGUCAUUCUAUUAUACGAUAGUUCCAUAUUCUUUUUCUCAGGCAUAUUGAAUAAUACUGUUCUCCAUUUUGUUUCCAAUCAAAUGAAAAUAUUCACCGGUGAAUAAAUUCACCGAUGCGAGUUUUGACGGCUUCCCUUAUGAGACACACAUUUUUAAACUAGUUUCUGCAAAAAAAGCAGCUUUAUUGAGCAACUUGGGAAAAAGCAAAGUAGUUUGUGAGCGGAAAGGUCUUUUGCUGAGCGCGCAUAUCUUGUCGCUGAAUAACUUCUCUCUAUUGACUUGCAGGUACUAUACCAAAGCAGCUGCUAAGGGUAAUGCUGAAGGUAUAUACAAUCUAGCUCGAAUGGCUGAUCGUGGCCAGGGUGGUAUUAAAAAAGAUCAUCAGAUGGCUCUGGAAUUGUUUCAAAAAGCAGCAUCAAAGCCACCUUAUCAUCCAAAGAUACCUACUCUAAGAAUGCCCGGUGUAGCUGAAGCUGAACAUGCACUCGGCUUGCGAUACGAAGAAGGUGUUGUUGUGAAGAAGAAUCUGAAGACGGCUGCCUACUGGUACGAACGUGGAAUGAAUCACGGACUUCCUUCUUCAGCAAAUAAUUUAGCGAUAAUGUAUGAAAAUGGAUUAGGCGUAGAGAAGAACACUGAAAAAUCAGAGCAGCUAUUUGAAUUCGCAGCUACUAAAGGUGAUCCAAAUGCAAUGCUGUCGUUAGCUCUCUGUUUACUUGAACGAAACCAAUUUCAAAUAGCACGAGAGUGGCAUAGAAGAGCAUGUGAUGCAGGUCAUAUAUCAGCUCAACUGAAUCAAGAACAAUUUCACGCAGCUGCCAGCCAGAAAGAAUCUUCAACUUCUCAGAUGCAUCCUGUCAGCGAAAUAAAACAACAUGCUUCUUCUGCCGUUCCAAAAUCUAACGUCAGCGAUCGUAAGUAUGAAUGUUCGGAACCGCAAUAUCAUUAUGAUACAUUGAAAGAGCAUGCGUUAAGGGGUUCACGUACAGCUCAACGCUUAUGUAAGGCUUUGGAACAUUUUCACACGGCAUUGAAAAUGCUAAUGAGUUCAGAUGCGGAAACAAAUGAACGUCAAUUCAUACAUGAAAUGGCUGAAUGCAUUCGUCUAGAACCAUCUGCUGUAGAACUACUUGGUCUCGAAAUUGAUGAAAAAAUUGAAGAAGUCAUUAAUCGUUCAUUGAAACGAAAACCGAAUGACGAAGAAACACAAAUGUGUUAUGUUUCUUUCUUUGGUUAUGAUACGAAUAGAAUAAUUGAAUAUUUGAAACAGUGCAUAAAACAAAAUCCCAAAUGUGUUUAUUUUUAUAUCAGCCUUGCUGCUGCAGAUUCUUCAUUAGACCGAUUUGAAAAAGCUUUAGAAAGUUGCAAUGUUGGUCUGUCGAUUGAUCCGACUAAUUGUGAAUUAAUGUGUAUGAAAGCUGAUUUCUUACGUCUGUUGGAAAAUGAUGCUGCCACGAGAGAUGCAAUUGAAGUAUACAAAGCAUUUCUAGUUCUGGCACCAAAUGAUCAUCCAAAAGUACCGAAAGCGUACUAUGGAAUUGUAACUUGUUAUUUAACAUUUCAGUCUCACUUAUCCGAACAAUCUGCACAAUUAACUAUGGCUCUAGCUCAAGCACAAAAAUUAUAUGAAAAAGGUUUGGAAGCGGAAAAACUGCAAUUACCCUGCUAUAUGCCGUAUCACUCAGCUUUUAAAGAAGCUCUCCAAGAAUUAUUUGACGAAGAUUCAGAAGUCAACAGCGACAGUAAUGAGACAUUAGUAUCUCCAGCCCCAGAGAUGGUAUCGUCAUCUCCUCGUCAAAACUAG